AUGGCCGUCUUCAGCAAAAUCUUCUCCCUCCCUCUCCUCGCCCUCCUCCUCACCCAGGCAAACGCCCUCUGCUACUACCCCGACGGCACGCCCGCCCCCGGCGACGUCCCAUGCACCGACAGCACCGCCAACUCGGUCUGCUGCGGCACGGGCUACGCGUGCCUCUCCAACGGCAUCUGCCAGGCCACGGGCGACGAGCUCAAGAAGCCCGGCGCGACAGAAUUCGUGCGCGGCAGCUGCACCGACAAGACGUUUAGGAGCUCGUCGUGUCCGUCGUUUUGCGGGACGCCUGACCAGGACAAUGUGAGCGGCGGGGAGGGCAUGGCCAAGUGCACCAACACGGAUCAGGAUCUGUAUUGGUGCAUUAACGCGGCGAAUCUUGCGUUGCAGCAGAAUGAGGAUCCGUGUACUGAUGAGAAUGCCGUGGUGUUCUUUCCAGCAUCGACUUCCCCCAAAGGCACCGGCGCAAACACAGGCACCGGUACAGGAACAAGCACAACAACACCAACCUCCCCAGCCGAAACAUCAUCGACGGAGCAAAAGAGCUCAUCCAACGGAGGCGUCAUUGGCGGCGCAGUAGGCGGCUCUCUAGGCGGCCUCGCCAUCAUCGGCGGCCUCGCAUUCUUCUUCCUGCGCAGACGGAGGGGAAGCUCGAAGUCGACGAUCCAUGAGAUGGAUUACACGCCCGUGGAACCCUCCUCAAAGAUCUCGCCCUCACAAGUCGUGGAUCCGAUGCCGCCGCAUACCCUUGUUCACGAGGCGCCUGGGUCGUCAUAUUAUGAGCCUGCGAAGACUGGGCAUGAGCAGGAUGCGCCUAUGGAGUUGCCGGCUUGA